AUGGGCUCCAACAACCCACCUCGCGCACCCUUGCACCCCGACGUGGCUGAUGUGCAGAAUUUCAUGCCCGAGGGUGCCCCAUUGGACACGAAGGAGGGGCUUGCAGGCUUCCGGGAAAGCCUCGCAUUCAAACUUGAAGACGUGCUCCGAGGAUAUGAAGACAAGGUUUCCUACGAAGAUAUCGACAUCCCAGGCCCCACUGGACAGAUGCGCGCAACGAUUUUCCGACCGAAGCCCGUUCUCACUGCAUCAUCCGUCGCGGAGACCCCGGGGGUCGUCAACUUCCACAUGGGUGGUCAUCUAUCGGGAAACCGCUUCAUGGGCAUUAAAACCACGCUGGAAUGGGUCGAGAAACUUGGCGCGGUAUGCCUGACGGCCGAAUACCGACUCACACCCGAGCACCCGCAACCUGCACAGCUUGACGACAGCUACGCGGCCCUAACAUGGAUGAGCAAGCACGCCGCCGAGCUAGGGUUCAACCCACACAAGCUGAUCGUCACCGGUGGCUCGGCCGGCGGGAAUCUCGCUGCAGGAGUCGCCCUGUUGGCGCGCGAUCGAUCCGGUCCCGAGAUCCUGGGCCAACUGCUCAUCUACCCGUGGGUAGACGAUAGCAACGAGACCGUCUCCAUCCAUCAGUUCGGGCACCUCAAGCCCUGGACGAGGGACUACAGUGUUGUGGCCUGCAACUAUGCAUUGGGUGAGAAGCGUGAGCGGGCUUCCAUCUACACUGUACCUUCGCGCGCCAAGGACCUUAAUGGCUUACCGUCGGCCUUCGUCGACGUGGGUUCGGCGGAUGUGUUCCGCGACGAGAGUAUCGAGUAUGCCAAUGCCCUGAUGAAGUGCGGCGUGCAGACGGAGCUUCAUGUGUGGCCGGGUUGUUGGCAUGGUUUUGAUGUGUUUGUGCCUGAUGCCCCGAUCGCUCGUCGGGCUGCUCGGGCGCGGUUGGAAUGGCUACAGGAUUUACUCAGUAGGGCUUAG